AUGUCGGUCCUGACUAUCGUCCAACGUGCCUUCCCCUUCGCUCUCCCCUGGAAGCGCCGUCCGUCCACCGACAAAGGGAAAGAAAAAGAGAUCGAUAUCGAGAUAUACACUUCCGAUCGUGACUCACACGAGCACAUCCACUUCGGCACUUAUGAAGCCGAAAAUGGGAACGAAUUCCCAGGCACAACCUUCUCCCCCAAGUCCGCGUCCCUGCAAUGUGACGUCUCGCACACCUUGCAUAUAGCGGUGAAGCCGAGCCCAGACCACACCACGAGUCCGGAGGAUUCCCUCAGCGAGUCAUCUGAAACGGACUCUGAUUCUGAGUCCCAAUUCGAUGAUGAUAUUCGCCGCCAGCCCUCGCAUGGCAGCAGUGCAUCAUCUUCCACGCGCGGGGGGCGGCUGGCUCGCGUGGUUAGUUGGGCGAGUAUCGUUCGCAGUCGAUGUCGCUGGACAAAUGAACAGGAGCAGCAACUUCUCAUGGCGGAGAAACAACUGGCUAGAUGUCAGAAGGCUUGGAGCUCGGAGCAGGAACUCUGGCUUACCUAUAUUCAAGCAUUGAGUGAGGAGAAAGCAGCCCAUGUAGGGUUUAUGCUAAUGCGCACCAGACAGCAAGAGGAAGAGCGCAAUCAGUUUCGCAAAGCAUGGAAGAGACGCCGGUCGUUGGAAAGUGCGAUGACUACCAAGGAGGAGUCUAAUGCGAUGAUGAGGAGUGAUACAACUAAUCGGUUUAUUAAAUUGCGUCGGUUACAGCGGUAUGGACAAUUUGCGUCUACCUUGGUCACGGCCGAGUCGACUGCUGUGACAUGUCAAGGUUGA